AAUAUAUGCCCCGUCCAUAGCCGAGCGAGGAGGGAGGGAGGAUAAGGUAAAGGAAGCAGGCAAGGCGAGACGAGAGCGUAGCAGUCAGCGUGAGCAAGAGAGAUGGCAGCAGGAACGGCCUGGGCGGGAUGCCAUCUCGCCCACCUCCCCCAAAUUCCCAUCUCGGUCAGCAUCCCCGUGACCGGCGCUGCCGCUAGCAGCAGGAGGAGGAGGUGCGGCUUAGCGGCGGCGGCGGGGGCAGCAGCAGCAGCAGCGACAGACGGGCGGGUGCUGGGCCGGCGCCCCGUGGAGGACGUGUACAAGGUGCGCGUGGUGCGCGGCGCGGCGGCGCAGGAGCGGGUGGAGGCGCUGCGGGCGAUGGAGACGUGGUCGACGUGGCGCACGGGGGGCCGCUGCCACCUGGCCUGGGACUGGCAGGUGGACCAGCUCGUGUACAUCGUCGCCGGCGAGGUCCGCGUGCUCCCCGCCGGGGCCACCACCGGCGAGGAGUACAUGCACUUCGUGGCCGGCGACCUGGUCCGGUACCCCAAGUGGCUGGAGGCGGACCUCCACUUCGACGGGCCCUACGAGGAGCGCUACCGCUUCCUCGCCUACGGCGACGACAACUGAACCGCGGCGCCCCCUCCUAGCUAGCUCCUUUAGUCCUUCUACUACUAGUUCACUGAAGCUUUCGUUCGAGUUCUAGCCAUAUAGUAUUUCCUUUUGUUUACUAUAUACUCCUAGCCUGGGACAAUAAGGAGUAUUUCCUAGUCGAUCGUUUGAGUUCAUUCGAGAAGCACUGCACAAUCUCCUUGUUGUACAUUUGAUGAUUCGAUUGGACAUUGCUGGUAGCCCUCA